GGCUCACUUAGAGCUUCCAACAGCACAAUCCUCCUAAGCGCUUCUGCCCCAUCCCUGGUCGGGGGCGACAUUGGACACCCAUCGAGAGGAAAGCACCUCCGAGAUUCCUAGAGAGGCCGGCUUGGCGACUUGGGGAGCCGGAAGCCCAUCCCGAGGCACUUCCUGUCCGGUCAUUGUUCUUGUGCCGGUAGAAGCUGAAGUCCCGGUCAGCCAGCCUCUUGCUGCAGAGCCGGUGAACUCAGGUCGGGCUUCUCAGCUGCGCACAGUGAGUGGGGUCGGAGGGGAUGGGCACGAACGUCAAGGGAGAAAAAGGGGCUCUCCUAGGGGCCAUGGCCCUAGGAGCGGCCCCUGCGUCCUUUCCCCGGGGACACCAGCCUUGUCUGUCGGGGUGCGGGGGGCAGUGAGUUCCCCACCGCCUCGGAAUCCCGGCUGCUGCCCACCUGGGGCCUGGUCCGGGAGAGGAUGGACACAGACCGGCCAAGGGGCCAGAUAGGUCCCAGGGACAGGGCCGCGAGGAGCCUAUACGUGGAGAGAAUGGAUUGCCACGUUUGGAAAUAGAGAAAGGACAUUGAAAGGGAGCCUUUGAUAGAGGGCCCUGUGCCGUCUGGGACCGGAGGUCCGUCAGAAUCUGAUCAGAAGUCUGAUGAGAGUACUCACUGUAAGGCAGUCUUAUACACAAGGUGGAACUAGUCUUAAGGACCUUCAUACCAGAUUGAAUUCGGAUAGUGAUGGAAAGAAUAGUCCUCCAGAAUUAAGUAGGCAGUACUCAUCUUGGCCCUGGGAAGAAACUCAAGAAGAAGCUUUUGAAACAUAAAGCUUAGAUGGGGUUUGACCUCUGCUGGGCAGCUCCCAGCUAUAGAAGUUCCCCUGCUGAGCAGAGAAGAUGACUGCAGAAUUGAGAGAAGCCAUGGCCCUAGCCCCAUGGGGCCCAGUGAAGGUGAAAAAGGAGGAGGAAGAAGAAGAAAACUUCCCAGGUCAGGCAUCCAGCCAACAAGUGCACUCCGAGAACAUCAAAGUCUGGGCCCCAGUGCAGGGUCUUCAGACAGGCCUUGAUGGAUCAGAAGAGGAAGAAAAGGGUCAGAACAUAUCCUGGGAUAUGGCGGUAGUCCUGAAAGCAACUCAGGAGGCACCUGCUGCUUCAACCCUUGGCAGCUACUCAUUACCAGGGACUCUGGCCAAGAGUGAGAUACUGGAGACUCAUGGGACCAUGAACUUUCUAGGUGCUGAAACCAAGAACCUACAGUUACUGGUUCCAAAAACUGAGAUAUGUGAGGAAGCUGAAAAACCCCUCAUCAUAUCAGAAAGAAUCCAGAAAGCUGAUCCUCAAGGACCUGAGUUAGGAGAAGCUUGUGAAAAGGGAAACAUGUUAAAGAGGCAGAGAAUAAAGAGGGAAAAGAAAGAUUUCGGACAACUGAUAGUGAAUGACUGUCACUUACCUGAAAGCUUCAAAGAAGAGGAAAACCAGAAAUGUAAGAAAUCUGGAGGAAAAUACAGCCUUAAUUCUGGCGCUGUUAAAAAUCCCAAAACCCAGCUUGGACAAAAGCCUUUUACAUGUAGCGUGUGUGGGAAAGGAUUUAGUCAGAGUGCAAACCUCGUUGUGCAUCAGCGAAUCCACACUGGAGAGAAACCCUUUGAAUGUCAUGAGUGUGGGAAGGCCUUCAUUCAGAGUGCAAACCUCGUUGUGCAUCAGAGAAUCCACACUGGACAGAAACCUUAUGUUUGCUCAAAAUGUGGGAAAGCCUUCACUCAGAGUUCAAAUCUGACUGUACAUCAAAAAAUCCACUCCUUAGAAAAAACUUUUAAGUGCAAUGAAUGUGAGAAAGCCUUUAGUUACAGCUCACAACUUGCUCGGCACCAGAAAGUCCACAUUACAGAAAAAUGCUAUGAAUGUAAUGAAUGUGGGAAAACAUUUACUAGGAGCUCAAACCUCAUUGUCCACCAGAGGAUCCACACUGGGGAGAAGCCCUUUGCCUGUAACGACUGUGGCAAAGCCUUUACCCAGAGUGCAAAUCUUAUUGUACAUCAGCGAAGCCAUACUGGUGAGAAGCCAUAUGAGUGUAAAGAGUGUGGGAAAGCCUUUAGUUGUUUUUCACACCUUAUUGUGCACCAGAGAAUUCACACUGCAGAGAAACCUUACGACUGCAGCGAAUGUGGGAAAGCCUUCAGUCAGCUCUCUUGCCUUAUUGUCCACCAGAGAAUUCACAGUGGAGAUCUUCCUUACGUGUGUAAUGAAUGUGGGAAGGCCUUCACAUGUAGCUCAUACCUACUUAUUCAUCAGAGAAUUCAUAAUGGAGAAAAACCUUACACAUGUAAUGAGUGUGGGAAGGCCUUCAGACAGAGGUCGAGCCUCACCGUGCACCAGAGAACCCACACUGGGGAGAAGCCCUAUGAAUGUGAGAAGUGUGGUGCAGCUUUCAUUUCCAACUCACACCUCAUGCGACACCAUAGAACCCAUCUUGUUGAAUAACAAGGAAGAGGAAGACCUCCAGCAUUGGUCAUAACCUUCUGCCUCCCUAAUGAGACACCUCUUUGCUGUUUUCUUCCUCCUCUAUAAAAGUGAGGGCUGUGUCCUUAAAAGUUAGAGUUUUCAGGAAUGCAGCACAAGACACAAGAAAAGCAUUUCAGAGGCUAAUUUAAAACAAAAAGUAAGCACCUAAAGGCAAGGACUUUGUUUUAACUGUACCUUAAGCGGUCAUGUUCUCUGAAGUGGAAUGUGGCUUUCCUAGGAAUGGGUCAUACAAAGCUAAGUGGUAAUGAUGCUAUUUGGGGAAAGGUCUUUUUUGCUUAAUUUUUUUUUUUAAACUCUGAUGAUUGCUUGAGCAACAGGCAGGUUAUCUGCCUGGUUGAAUUCUGGUUGAACCGUGUAUUCUAAUAUUUCUGGUUAAGUGGUGACUAGGUAAGGAAACCACUUGGGGUAGCAGUUCAACAAUUCACUUACGAAUGUUUAUAAGCUUUCCAUUUCCUAGGUAAUUUUUUAAAAGCCAGUCAAAACAAAAACUUUACUGAAAAUGGACAGAAAUAGGAAAUGGACUUUUUCCUUACUGUCUAUACCUCCUGAACCUUGGUAUUGUAAAGAUCUGGGGACCUCUGGGUCUGUUCUGACCAUUCCCUAGUCUCCAUGGCCAAGCACUCAAGGAUUGAUGGACACCACACACCAGCUAUAUUCAUUUGCCAAGAUCAACAGCUCCUUCUCCAAACAACUCAAGCCCCCAAUUCCCAUCGCAUUCCAUUUGGGUGAGAUGCAACUAACAGCCCCUUCCUGGAUAAAGGAGUUAAAGAAUAAAGCUUGCCUAGAGGCAUGCCCCA